GAGCAUAAAAGAAAAGUUGCCGAUGGUUACUUUGAUUACACAUUUUGGAAAAAAGGCUUCUGGCACACUGAUAAGAGUCGAAUGGAAAUGCCGAAUGUUGUGCAUCACAGCAAAGCGAGCAUUGAAUCCGAUAAGCCAAUAUCAUUCGAUUGGGAAUUCUACAAGAAAGCCAAGGAAGAUCCAGAGUUUUUGAAAGAGGAACAGAAGAAACACAGCAAGACAACACUGUUUGGACCAUGGUGA